CAUGUCCCUGGUGGAGACGAUCCGGUUGUGGCAAGAAGGAGUGUGUGCAGCGGACAGGAAGGAGUGGGGUGCUGCUCUGGAUGCCUUCACGGCCGUCCAGAACCCCCCUGCCAAAAUCUGCUUUAACAUCGGCUGCAUCCAGCUCGUCCUGGGGAAGCUGGAGGAGGCGGAGGAGGCGUUCACCCGGAGCAUCGGCUGUGACAAGCACCUGGCAGUGGCUUAUUUCCAGCGGGGGACUGUGUUUUACCAGAGGCAGAACCAUGGAAAGGCCAUUGAGGAUUUCAAAGAGGCGCUGGCCCAGCUGCGGGGCAACCAACUCAUCGACUACAAGAUCCUGGGGCUGCGCUACCGGCUCUUUGCCUGCGAGCAGAUUCUCUGCAACAUUGCACUGGUGUAUGCCACAAUGGAGAACUGGGAGAAGGCAGAGGAGCACCUGACCCUGGCCAUAAGCAUGAAGAACGAGCUCCAGCACAACAAGAUAGACAGGGCAAUGGAAGCCAUCCUGAAGCAGAAGCACUGUGAGCUGGUGGCCAUUCCUGCAGGGAAGCUGUUCAGGCCAAAUGAGAAGCAAGUAGCUCAGCUGGAGAAGAAGGACUACCUGGGAAAGGCAAUGGUGGUGGCAUCUGUGGUGGACAAGGAUGAUUUUUCAGGAUUUGCUCCCCUACAGCCACAGGCCUCUGGUCCUCCACCCAGGCCCAAGACCCCAGAAAUUCUCAGGGUCCUCAGCGGGCAACCACACCGUGUCAUGUACGAGUUCAUUCCCGAGACUGCUGAGGAGCUGCAGGUCCUGCCAGGAAACAUUGUCUUUGUCCUGAAGAAAGAGAAGGAUAAUUGGGCUACAGUGAUGUUCAAUGGAAAGAAAGGGAUCGUCCCCUGCAACUUCCUCGAGCCUGUGGAGCUCCAGAAUAAGCUGCAUAUCCAGGAAGAAACCUCUGUGGAAGCUGAGAUCUCUGAGCCACCCACCUCCACUGUGCCGGAGAAGCCACGGCGGCAGGCGCCAGACUACAUUCCUGCUACUGUGGCACAGCCAAGAGACACAGCAAAGGAGGCUGAACCAACUGUCUGCAGCCCCCACAUCCUCAAGGUGCAUUACAAAUUCACAGUUGCCUUGAGAGUCAAUCGAGGCCUCUCCUACAGAGAGCUCCUGGAGGUGGUUUGCAAGAAGCUGGAGCUGCAGCCCGAGCACACGGAGAUGAGGUACAAGCCUGUGGAGGGCCAAGAGCCGGUGACUCUGACUGCAGAGAAUGUGGAGGUGGCCUGGAGCCAGAGCAAGAACAACUGCCUGACAGUCUGGUGCAAUGGCACAGAGGGAGAAGGGUUUGUACCAGACAGCAAACCAGAGCAGUCACCGCAGGAGGCAACACCGGGGGAGAUGGGAACAAGCCGUGUUGUAGCUCAGUACAGUUACGAAGCCACCCAACCUGAAGACCUGGAGUUCGAGGCAGGAGAUACGAUCCUUAUUUUAUCCAAAGUGAAUGAAGACUGGUUUGAAGGCAAAUGCAAGGGGAGGACUGGCAUCUUCCCAUCUGCGUUUGUUCAACAGCCCAACACCGAACACCCAGAGAAGUGAUUUCAGAAGAGCAUGAGGUUGUGGAGAGAAAUUAGUGA